UUUGGGGGCUUUGGAGAACGGAUUUGACCCCCUUUCUUGUUUUCCUUUGGGCAGGCAGUGGAGAAGAUUCGGAAGAUUGCGGUCACCAUCAAGAAGACGGAUCCAGCAGAGCUGAGUGGCCUGCUGGAGAAGUGCGCCAGCACCGCGUUAAGUUCCAAGCUGAUUUCCCAUCAGAAGGACUUCUUUGCCAAGAUGGUGGUGGACGCUGUCACGAUGCUGGACGAGCUGCUGCAGAUCAAAAUGAUUGGCAUCAAAAAAGUGCAAGGUGGAGCUUUGGAGAAUUCCCAGCUGGUGGCUGGCGUGGCCUUCAAGAAAACCUUCUCCUAUGCCGGCUUUGAGAUGCAGCCAAAGAAGUACGAGUCGCCCAAGAUCGCCCUGCUCAACAUUGAGUUGGAGCUCAAAGCCGAGAAGGACAACGCCGAAGUCAGAGUCCAGAAUGUGGCGGAUUAUCAGGCCAUCGUGGACGCCGAGUGGAACAUCUUGUACGACAAACUAGACAAGCUCAGCAAAUCCGGAGCCAAAGUCAUCCUCUCUAAACUGCCCAUCGGGGACGUGGCUACUCAGUACUUUGCGGACAGGGACAUGUUCUGUGCUGGACGGGUCCCCGAAGAAGACCUGAAGAGGACCAUGAUGGCCUGCGGUGGAUCUAUUCAGACCAGCGCCAACGCUCUCACGGACGACGUCCUCGGAUGCUGCGACCUCUUUGAAGAGGCCCAGAUUGGAGGGGAGAGGUAA